UUGACUAACUUCACAAGAGGAUCACAUGGAGUUUGGACCACUCUCCGGUGUCUGUACCCUGGACUCGUGAAUGAAUUCGAGCGACCUAUCACUACCCCCCAGAGGACCGUAUCCAGUUUCUCGUAGCGCCAGCCCAGUCGCCGAAAAGUGGCUUCGAUGAGAACCGACUAUUGGGGAUACCUUGAGUGUGGUUCACGUUCACUAAGGUCCUCGCUGGAGUUUAAGCGGGGAUAAAGUCGUCGAAUGAAGUCGUAAACAUGUUAGUGUUACUUAACCUUUCGGCUGGCGUGUGAUCUGCCCGCGCGCUGCGCGUCUUCGCGGCGGCAACCUGCAACGCCGCCUUUGAAGUUCAACUUUUUCCUCUUCCGCGUGUGCGCGCUUGAGUGUGAGAGCGUGUGUGUGUGUGUGUGUGUGUGUGUGUGUGUGUGUGUGUGUGUGUGUGUGUGUGUGUGUGUCGGUCCAUAAAAAAUGUGGCGCCCUCGGGACUUGCAAUCACGUAACGCUGUUUGUCAACUUUCUUGCACGGCGUAUGUAAAGUUUAUGAUCGUUGCUGUCAGCGCGAGUUGUUAUUAUAGUAGCAUUAUUAGCUGGACACACGGGAGCUGCCCAUGCGCGUGAGGGACACGUGGAUCAUAUUUUGGUGACUUUUUUUGUUUUUGUUUUUUUUUUAAAUUCCUUUUGAGUGAAUGUGUUUGCAUUGGGAAUACUUGGUUGGAUCACCCAUUGGAGAUAUCGAACUUCGAAUGGAAAGGUCACGCGUAAAAGUUUGGAUUGUUACGCUGUAGGAGACGACAACAAGUGGGCAACAUUUUAAAACAUUUCUACAAGUGUUUUUUUUUCUUCUCCCCCGCACCCUCCUAACCUUCUGCGGUGCUAUUGCCUGCCUUUGAAGUCCACCAUGUGCGGCCGGGCUCCGCCGCUUCAGCCGAAGCCAUGACCGUCCCCCUAUGGCGCCUGGCCGGCUUCUGGCCGCUGCUGCUGUUGGCGGCCCUGCAGGUGGUGCUGGGCCAGCCAGGCCUGGAGCCCGAGCGGCCGGGGCACCGAGCGCUCAUCAAGGUGACACUGCUGAAGCACGACCCGACGGGAAGUCCCAUCACUCUGGAAGGGGUGUUUGUGGGGGGGAGCGCCGGUUACGCGGAGGGAAAACUAAUGCAGUAUCACCCUCUGUCUCUGUGCAACACAAGUGAAGAUGAGCGACCAGAUAGUGAAUUCAUCACCAUUGUCAAACUGGAGCAAAGAGGACCGCGCUGUCUACCACUGCUGGAUAAGGCUCACAUGGCACUGGACAAGGGCGCUCAGGCUGUCAUUUUCGAUGUCAGCGAUGAUGCAAAUGCAGCUGCUGAGCUGAGAGAAGCGGACUCCCUUCCACGCCCAGUCGUGCUGGUGGACGCUGACGAUGCCGAGGAGUUGAUGGGUCUGGUCAACAAGAACGAGGAAGCUCAAGUCUGUAUUGAGAUCUUGGUGGAGCAGCCCAAAUGGCCACAUUAUGACGUGGGCAUCCUCCUUACCGUUGUCUUGGCUGUUUUGACCAUCGUCCUCAUCUUUGCUUUUCGCUACAAGUGCAAAUCUAACAGAACCUGGGACACGGCCCAUCAGCAAACCGUCAAUGCUAUUAGUCGUUUGGAAACCAAAACCUACAUCUCCCAGGGCUGCUCGGGCACACAUCGCUCCCAUGGCAGCAGUUCCAACUCCAGCCCAGUCUGUGCUAUCUGCCUGGAGGAAUUCCAGGACGGCCAACAUUUGAGGAUCAUCUCCUGCGCUCAUGAGUUUCACAAAGACUGUGUUGAUCCUUGGCUGCUGGAGCGCCGCACCUGUCCUUUGUGCAUGCACAACAUCUUGGGGACAGAGAGGCAGCCACACAGGAACAGACUUCUGUCCAGUCCAGAACGAAGUUUCCUUCACCCGCAGCCUUACAGCAGCCCACGAAACCACCCCUUCCCCCAGCAUGCCAUCCCGUUCUCUAUGAGACCCAACUAUCCUCGUGGACCUUCGGGGUCCUAUCCCCCUGUCGGUUACUACAAUGCUUCUUCUCCCAUGGACAGCCGAACGCUACGUUUGCUCACCAGCAGGCCUCUGGGCGCCCCUUGUGAGUACCACCUUCCCGCAGAGGGUCCCAGGAGGCCCCAGAGGACUGGCGGAAACUGCAGGACUUCAACCCACCACUAUACCCCCCGCCGGUCCUGUCCAAACUAUCGCUCAUCCUGCCCAGCUCAGCGUAGCACACCCAGCUCCAGAAUGCACCACAGCGCCUCAGCCAGAGUGGCCGCUCCAGGCCGGCUAGACGAGGGCAGCUGCUCCGGCGGCAGCUACCACACGGACCGCAGCGGAUAUUUGGCAGACGGGCCGGCGAGCGACUCCAGCUCGGGGCCGUGCCACGGCUCCUCCAGCGACUCGGUUCUCAAUUGCACCGAUGUGUCCAUGCAGGGAGUUUACGGCAGCUGGUCCACUUUCCGGAGCUCGUUGAGCAGUGACUACGAUCCGUUUGUGUAUCAUGGGCCGGGGUCAGGGCGAGCCCCGCGGAGGAACAGUCUGGAGAUGGAGGCCCAGGCCAGGCCCAGGUCUGUGGAUUUGGUGGUGAAUAAAGUGGGCUCCCCCGAGGAACAGCCACAGACUGUGUUCAGCCACAUCCACUACCACCGCCAUAGACACCACCACUAUGAGGAAGGGGAGGGCAGCCAGGGCUCAGAUGAGGAGCCGGGUGGCACAGCAGCAACAUCUGCACCUUCUUCACUCCCCUUGGACAAAGAUCCAUCUGUUUGCCCUCCUCAGCUUAGUCACUGCCAGUGCACAAAACCAGACUGUACUAAGGUGUGUGGGACAGAAAAUCAGGAUCAGGACCCGAGCAGCUCUUCAGGGCCCUCGGUCCUGAUGUCUCCUGUCCCUAUGAAGCUACAGACCCACUGCUAUCACCAAGGACACAGUACCACAGCUCUGGGGCGAGGCUGUAUGCGAGACUCCCUCUCCGCUCGCUUUCACCAGAGCUUGGACCUUCAGGAAGAUCGGAGCAGCCGCGUCCACUACGGCCAAAGUUCAGGAUUCUGCCGCUCUCCCCCUGAACCGCACCCAGCCCCCUUUCCCGUACCUCUUAUUUUGGACUCGGGUGGUAUCGACGACUGGCCUUGCUGUGCCGAGUCCUACGUUGUGUGGCAAAAACGAGUCCAAGAGGUCCACCCUGAGCCUCAGAUUCUGGGCACCAGGACCUCCAUUGAGUGGGCCCCUUGCAGGUUUCACCAUGAACUCGCUGCAGAUCGCAACACAGACAUUUGUUUAUGUUGUCAAAAAAUAUACCAACAUCAGGGAUCUGAGGAGGAAUCUGGAGUGUGACAACUUGUUUCCACAAUACAGUAGAACCCGUUUAAGUCCACCCCGUUUAUGUCGGAAACCCGUCUUAUGUCGACCAACUCAUCAAGUCUUCAUCCGCCGUGUUUGUUUCAUCACUAAAAAGUGCUCUCUUAAGCCGACAUCGACAUACAUGGUCCAUCGCUUUUUUUCAACUUUACUAUUUGAUAAAAAGUCACUCCUUUUAUGUCUAUCUGUUGUAGUAUUAUUCACUUCUUUGUUACCGCUCAAUAGCAUGAAACCAGUUACACAGCCUUAAGAAGAAUAGACAGUGACUUCCUGUUCAGUGCAAAGCAAGCGUCAAAAUAAAAGCAUGACAGUAUUA